UUUAGCAGCUAUACCGUUGCUACACUACUGUCACUGCAGAUAAAUACCUCCCCCGGCUUAAAUUUUCCACUUCUUUCCUCUUCCUUGUUUCCCCCCUUGUGCCUUCUUUUUUAUCUCCUGCCAAUUCCUUUUCCCUUCCAGCAAUUGUUUCCCUCUCCUCCCCCCAGCUUCUCUCCCCAUUCUUCACUUGCUUUUUGCGUCUGGCCCAUUACAUUGAUUUACUGAUCGAUUGAGGACUUCAUUACUACCCAUCCAUACAUUAACAUACACCACCCAACCCCAACCACGACCAUUAUGUUGCCGAUCGUGUUUCUCUCCACUUUGGUGGCCUCCGCUACUGCAGUGACCACCGCCAGCAACUAUACCUUCCCUGAGGGGUUCGAUCUGAACCAGGUGAAACCCGCGGAUAAGUCUGCCUGGUGUCAGGCCGAGCGGAACGCCUGCCCGAAGAUCUGCGGCGGAGUUGCUGAUAAGAACACUUGCGACCCGCAAACUCUUGGUUUCACUUGCUCAUGCUCCAAUGGCACCGAUGCUGACGUCGCAUCGUACGCGGAGACUAUCCCCUUCUUUGUCUGCCAGGAGAACUACCGCCAGUGCAUCGAGCGCUCUACUGACCUUGACGGCGACGAGAAGUGUAAGAAGGCCCAAAGCCAGUGUGGUUCGAAGAAUGCGUCUGAUGCCUCUGGCUCGUCUUCAUCGACUACCACGAGCACAUCCUUGCCUACCUCGACUGGUUCUUCGGGAUCUAGCAACAGCGAAGGCUCAUCCACCGGCACCGCGACGAGCAGUGGCAGCACAAGCAGCACAACCGCUAAUGCCGCUGUGCGUAUGGCCCAGGACCAUGCGACAGGAAUCUUAGCAACGGUACUCUUCUUGGGUCUCCGUCUCGUUCUGUAAGAUGGUCGUUUCGGAUUGCACCGCGGAAGGCUUGAUCAAGUCCUGAUUAUGAAAUGUGCCGCUCUGAUCCGUCUCGAGGAAAAUUUGUGCUUGAUGGUUUUUUUUCCCCCUCUCCUAACUCGCUUUGUGUCUAUGACCUACCGUUGUCGUACUAUUCCCCUGCUUUUGCGUCGCGGUUAAUGAGCUGUAUCGUUCUGUGCGUGCCUUUAGUCAUUCCUUUCACGAGUUUAAUCGAUGAUAGUCCAUAUGGAAGAAUAAUAGUCGCUCUUUGAGAUUUUCUGAAGACUCGCCAA